GUCUUUCUGACGGAAAAUCUUUCCUUCAACUCUCGUAUGGUAUUACUCGUACCGAUACGGAAGUAUGAAAAUCUUCUGGGAUGCACAAGAACAUCAGCGUUUGCUAUCGUAUUACUACUAUUAUUCACCGAACUUGUUGCGUUCUACAAACCAGACUAUACCGGUACGCGGUCUACAAUCAACCCAAACAAAGUGCAAUUCAAGCCACUCGCCACCAUGCGCAAGAUCUCGCACUUUCUGAUGGCACUCUGUAUGCUUGCGGUGGAACGCUCCGCAUCGUCGUCGUCCUCUCCGUCGGUUCCGGCUUCGAAAAGAAACGUGAACGAUCUUUCUCGCUGGGCGAGUGAGCAGGGCGUGGUGAUGCACGAAAGCCUCCGGUGGAAACAGCAAGCGGCAAACGAAGAUGACGACGGCAACGACGACAAUAUCGGUGUGGAGCUGACCGAACCGGUGGAACCGGGAACCGUCCUGCUCAAGGUCCCCCGGAGUAUCGUCUUCGACGCCGGUCGCAUCCGGAGCGAGCUCGAGGCGGAGUCGCCGGAAAAGGUAGGGGCAGCCCUCGCCCGGCUGCGCAGCGAUGGGUUCGAGCAACACGCGGAGGGAUUCUUCAUCUUUGCCAAGGUGCUGCGGUGCUGCCUGGAGGGGGAGUCCUCGGCCUGGGCUCCCUACAUCCAGUCCCUCCCGAGGAAUUUCGUCGAGUUUUCCAGCGCAGAAAAAAGCUGCCUCCCGUAUUACGCCAAGUACAUCGCCGACUACCAGGAAGAGAAACUCGCUUCUUUUUGCGAGGCGGCCUUUGGAUCGGGCCUCGUCUCGGAGGCGCCUGGAAGCAGCGAGCAGGCCCGUUUUGCCUUUUGCGCCGUCAGCAGCCGAUUCUGGAAGACCUCCUCCACCGAAGAGGGGACGGCUGCACUCAUGAAGGGGAUGGGGGAUUCAUCUUCCUCUCCAACAACAAAGCAACCUACGUCGGAGCUGGUUCCCGUUGGAGAUAUGUUCAACCACCGUGAGCCACCCAACGUUGCCAUUGCACACGAGGGCGACGACUAUGUCAGUUUUGUCUACAAGGGCAACACCAGCGGGGACGAGGACAACCUCGACCUCUACAUUACCUACGGGCAACCAAGCAACCCGCACCGGUUUCUCGGGGUAUUUGGAUUUGUUCCCGUCGCCGACAUGCCCAAUCUCUGGUCCCACCUGGUCUACGUGGACAACCCCUUUACGGAAAACGUCGAAGCCAUGACCUUUCGGACCUCCGACGGACACAUCCCAAAGCAAGUCUGGGACGCCGUCCUGUACGCGCUUCUGGAACCCAAGCACCCGCCAGGCGAGCCACCGGAGUUUACAGAGGAGCAGCACACCAAGUACCGGAGCUACACGGCCGACAUCCUCAAGGGCCACAUCGAGAAGCAGCUGGAGGAGCUGGCCACCCUCAAAAAGAAGAUACAGAUGGUCGAAGCGAUCGGGGGGAGCAGCAACGGGAAUAUCGGUCUGGUGCGCCAGCACAACGAGUUCCUGUCGGGCGUCUUUGAAAAGGCAGCGAAGCAGGUCGGGGGCGACCCGCAAGAGGAACGAACGUAGCACAGCAUAGCAGAGCAUAGCAUAGCAUAGCAUAGCACAACCUAGCGAAUAUUCUACUCGUGCACUCUCAAAGCAGCACGCACCUUCCGCAGCCAUACCAAAUCUCGGUAUUUUACGUGUUGCGUUUCCGUUAGGAGUACAACUUACAAAGAUCACCAGCAAAAUAAACUUGCAAGUGGAAGCCGAACGGGCGGGAUGCCAGCAAAAAAACUUGGUCGAAGCUAGAACAGACAAGGCAUCUCGAACAGAAAACGACCUUGUGCAGUCUGUAAGUUUAGGAUUAUGCAGAGAUAUAGGUAUGCUAUUGGUCCUACUGUUCGCAUCCUGUGCUGGCAGUAAAUCACUAAUUCAUCU